CGUCGGUGGCGUCAAGCCCGGCGGCGGAGAGCCCCGAGGCGGCGGGCCCGAGCGGGGCCUUCCGCGAGCUGCUGGAGGCUUGCCGUAAUGGAGACGUGACGCGCGUCAAGCGCCUGGUGGACGCUGGCAACGUCAACGCCAAGGACAUGGCCGGCCGCAAGUCCACGCCGCUCCACUUUGCCGCUGGGUUUGGAAGGAAGGAUGUUGUAGAGCACUUGCUACAGACAGGAGCCAAUGUUCAUGCUCGUGACGACGGAGGGCUGAUACCCCUUCACAACGCCUGCUCCUUUGGUCAUGCUGAAGUGGUUAGUCUGUUGCUGUGCCAAGGUGCAGACCCUAAUGCUAGAGACAAUUGGAACUACACUCCUUUGCACGAGGCUGCUAUCAAGGGGAAGAUAGAUGUGUGUAUUGGUAAGUGCGUCACUUACUGAAACUUCACCAGAUAC